AUGGAUCCUGCUACCCCUCCAAGAUCAAGAUCAAAUGGAUCUAGUACCGCCACAGCAAGAAACCAAAACAGGUUUUCCAAUGUGAACUCCUCCAACAACGAUAAUAUUCUUCAAACGCCAAAUAAAAACUCCUCUUUGUCCAUUAGACCCCCAGUGACACCAAGCACUGUACAGAAAUUCAAGAACCAACCAUUCUUACAGCCUCCCAAUGCUGCUUUAAACAGAAGAGGUAACACAGGUUUGAAAUCACCAGAGAUUUCUCCCUUUAUAAGGAGAUCCUCCAUUGGCUUAAAUCUUACAAAUGAUAAUAGUAGACUCGUAAAGAGUGCCAACAAUUUACAGGCUGUAAGUAAAGUAUUGUUCCCUACGUCGGCAUCCCCAUCUACCUCACCGGAUAAUUUGGAACUGCUGCCGCCAAAUACUUCUGCUUCAUUCUCAUCAUUCACAUUCUCACAGGACAGAUCAACGUCACCUACGCCCAAGACUAAGAGGACAAAUCAUGACAUAUUUGAUUCUCAAUUCCAAAUAAAUUAUGAACAACAACAGCAACCAUUACAAUCUCAAAAGAUACAGAAAAUAGUUCCUGGAACGCCCAGUGAUAAGAUAAUAACAACUCCACAGGAUCCCUCAGAGAGGGAGCAGAUGGAUACGGAUGUAGAUUCCGAGUUGGAAGAUGAGAAUAUAAUUAUUAAAAAUGACGUAUCGAGUUACAAUCCAUUCAUGGACUCUAAAGUCCCAACGAGAGAAGAACGUUUACAAAGAAGACAAAAACUUAUCAGCGAAAAUCCAGAUAUUGAAGAUACAAUCACUUACAUUAAUAAGAGAGAUAAGACAAAAGUGACUAAGAUAAAAUUGGAUAAGGAACAGAGAGAAUCUUAUAAACCAAGAAUGCUAUUCGAGGACGAAAUAUAUAAUGAUCAGGAUAAACAAUAA